AUGGUAAAGAUUAAUAUAAAGUGGGGAAAAGAAAAGUAUGAGGUUGAUGUAGAUCCAUCACAGCCAGUCAGUGUAUUAAAGAGUCAGAUUUACUCUUUAACUCAAGUACCUGUUGAUAGACAAAAGAUUAUGGGAUUUAAAGGAGGUAUUUUAAAGGAUGAAACACAAUGGAAAGAUGUUGAUUUAGUUGAAGGAAAGAAUGUAAUGAUGAUGGGAUCGGCAGCUGAAUUGGAGAAACCAAAGGAACCUGUAAAAUUUAUUGAAGAUCUACCAGAGGAAACUCAGAAUACAAUUAUGAAUGACAUGCCAACCGGUCUUGCCAAUCUUGGAAAUACAUGUUAUCUCAACUCGACACUACAAACACUCAAAGCCGUACCAGAACUUGUCAAAUCCAUUCAAACCUACAAACAACCAAGCAACCCAUCAAUGUAUGCCAGUCUUGUAAAAGCAUCUCAAGUUUUAUUCAAUGAACUCACCAAAUCAAAUCUACCAAUGUCAACCAUUUUAUUCUUAUCAACAUUUAGAAGAAUGUUUCCACAAUUUGCUGAAGAAAAAGGUGGACAUUUCUUACAACAAGAUGCAGAGGAAGCAAUGUCACAAUUGUUGACUGCUUUCUCAUAUGAGUUGGCAGCACCAGGACAGACACUCAAUCCAAAUGAUCAUGACCAUGAAAAGUCGAUCAUCAACAAGUUGUUUGGUAUUGAGACGAUCGAUACUAUGACCUGUAAGGACAAUCCAUCGGAAGAUCCUACCAACAAGAUAGAGACACUCUUAAAGUUGGCCUGUAAUAUCAAUAUUGAAACAUCGUACUUGCACGAAGGACUCAAACGUGGUUUGGAAGAGGAGAUCACCAAAAAGUCACCGACUUUGAAUCGUGAAGCCGUCUACCUCAAGAAGACUGCCAUCUCCAAACUUCCACCCUAUCUUUUCGUACAAUUCGUUAGAUUCCACUGGAAGAAAGAUGUCAAAGAGUCACGUGAUUCCGCCACUGUCGGUGUCAAAGCCAAGAUUAUCAGACCCGUUCAAUUCCCUUUCAUGCUCGAUGUUCAAGACAUGUGCACACCGGAACUCAAAGAGAAGCUGGCCGUCAAGCGUAAGAUCAUCGAGGAUCAAUUCAACCAGUCGUUGGAACGCAAGAGAAAGCCACUCGACGAUCAAGAGAUGUCCGACGUCAGCAAACCACCCGAAAAGAAACCAGACAACAAAUCAACCAGCGCUACCAGUGAUGUAUCGCUCGAUAUCAAACCAAACGAUACCGGUAAAUAUGAGUUGAGUGCAGUACUUACUCAUCAAGGUCGUUAUGCUGACUCUGGUCAUUACGUUGCAUGGGUAAAGAAGGCUGACAAUCAAUGGUAUCAAUUCAACGAUAAUAUAGUUACACUACACACUGACGAAGAUAUCAAGAAGCUCUAUGGUGGUACUGGUGAUUGGCAUAUGUCAUAUAUUUUACUUUACAAGAGUGUAAAUGUUGAAGAGCCAACAGCAGCAACUGAAGAAUCAUCAAGUUCAACUACUACUACAACAACAACAACAAAAUAA